CUCGGACUCACCACUCGACGGACAACGCUCCAAUGUCCACCCCACCUCAGCCGUCGCACUCGAAAUCUAAGGCUGUGCAGAAUGGAAGUGGUCAACGUAUUUUGACAGUCAAUAUUCUUACACUCUCAGGCUCCCAAAGAGGACUUUCCCGGGGCAGAACAGUGACUACUACGGCAGCGCGUUCCGACACUGUCUAUGACGAACCCUGCACCUCGAGUCAACAGGACGCAGGGCAGUCCACGGGGAACAAAAAAGUCUCUGAGUGUAACACCCAGUCUAGGGAUGACAACUCACAGGCAUCCACCUCGAAACUUCCACCUCUUCACGAAAUACAACUGGCACUAGCAGAAGAUCUGACAGGUCAGAUCUUCGGCGGAAUAAAUGAUUACGUUGCAAGUGGUGCAUUCGCAAACGUUUACAGAUGUGAAUGGAGAAAACCGUCGGGCCCUGUCAAGGUCUGGCCAGUGGACAGCGCUGGCGUCACUUGCUGAUCAGCCUGUCCAUUAUCGCACUACAGGUCGCAGUAAAAGCCUUCAGGCAUCACAUGAAUAACGUCUCAGAGCAGGACU